AUGGAUUUUGAAGCAGCCUACAUCGUUGAUUCAGUGGAAACGCCGACUACAUUCAAGUCGGCGAUGGAAUCAAGCGACUCCGGCAAGUGGAAAGAAGCGUGUGACUCGGAGUUCGAUUCGCUUCAGAGAAACGACACGUGGGAAAUCGUGCCUCUUCCGAAGGUCGCAAGGCCAUCGGGUGCCGAUGGGUUUUUCGUGUAA